AUUCAAAUAGUGUUUUGUUAAGCAGUGAUCGCCAUUUUAAAUAUGGGAAACGGAGAAUCAAAAACUAAAAAUAAAACUGAAACUAGUUGCAUACUUGAUAAACUACGAACUGAAACAAAGUUUAGUCAGUCUGAAUUACAAACUUGGUAUGAUCGAUUUCAUCAGGAUUUUCCAACUGGUUACAUAGAAAGAGAAGAUUUUAGAUAUAUGUACUCGACCAUUUCAGGACAGCAAAAUAGUGAUGAUCUAGCUGAUAUAAUAUUCCAGGCAUAUGACUCUGACAAUAAUGGUACUAUAGAUUUUAGAGAAUUUAUGACAACCUUAAGUGUGACGUGUAGGGGAAGCAAAGAGGAGAGACUAAAUUGGGUAUUCGAUAUGUACGAUACUGAUAAUUCGGGAACUUUAAGCCGUAACGAAAUUAUUCACGCAUUAAAUGCUAUAUUAAAGAUGAAGGGUUUUGAAGAUACUGAACAUCUGGCAGCUGUGCAAACUGAAGAUAUAUUCAAACGAAUGGAUGGUGAUGGUGAUGGAAUCAUUACGAGGAAAGAAUUUCUCAGCGUCGCUACACGUCAGCCUGGUAUUUGUGAAGUCUUUAAUGUAAAGUGA